UCCGAGGCCGUUAACGGCGGCUGGGCCCGGCAGCUGCUCCAAAACAAAGGGCUGGCGGCCCGCGGGGCGGCGGCGGGAGGAUGCCUCGCGCUUUGCCGAGGCGCCAACGGCCGCAGCGCGUCCCGGGCCACGCCGGGGCCGCCUGAGAGCACAGCCCGCGCUGACCGAGGCCCGGGCCGGAUGGGCGCUGCGGGCCGGGACACGGACCGCGGAGCGGCCGUUGUGACAUUUUUUUCUUGUCCCAGCUGUGUGGACAGUGCCACACACCCUUCCAAACAACAACGGCUCUUGCGUGCAUUUUCCAGUGUUUCUUUUGUCAGAGAGUCCAGCAGAGCCGCAGGUCUUCAAGUGCCAGCCCUGAGCUGAGUGAGGAGCACCCAGCAGAAAUGGUGAAAAUGACCAAAUCCAAAACGUUCCAAGCUUACCUACCAAACUGUCACCGAACGUACAGCUGUAUCCACUGCAGAGCCCACCUGGCCAAUCACGACGAGCUGAUCUCCAAGUCCUUUCAGGGAAGUCAGGGAAGAGCCUACCUCUUCAAUUCUGUGGUGAACGUGGGCUGCGGUCCUGCUGAGGAGAGGGUCCUUCUCACUGGGCUGCAUGCAGUUGCAGACAUCUACUGUGAGAACUGCAAGACCACACUCGGGUGGAAAUACGAACAUGCCUUUGAGAGCAGUCAGAAAUAUAAGGAAGGAAAAUUUAUUAUUGAGCUUGCCCACAUGAUCAAAGACAAUGGUUGGGAGUAAAGUGGAAACUUUCCAUUCUCUUGAAUACUAUUUUGUGAAAGAGACUGAAGUGUAAUGGAGAUGUAAGAGCAUCCCGGAUGACAAUAUUUCUUGAACUUUGACCUCACAGGCUAGCCGUGCUUUGACACUCAAAGGCCUCUCUUGGCCAUCUCCUUGGGUAAGGCAUCCCCAAUUUGUGUCCUGUUUAUGUACAUGGUUGUUUCUGAAAGUUUGCAAUGAUCUUUUUCUAACUUCUCAAGUUCUAGAAAAAGAAUUAACCAACUGAUGACUUA